AUGAACAUUAAAGAGAAAGAAAAGUACUUGGAAGAGUUUAAUUUUCCAUUUUGUGAUGAAUCAUCAAAAUAUGAAAAAGUUGCCAAAAUAGGGCAAGGAACUUUUGGGGAAGUUUUCAAGGCUCGCGAUAAGUUGAACAAUAAAAGGUAUGUUGCCAUGAAAAAGGUAUUGAUGGAAAACGAAAGAGAAGGUUUUCCCAUCACGGCACUUAGAGAAAUUCGAAUAUUGCAACUUUUGAAAAAUGAAAACAUAGUCAAUCUCAUAGAAAUAUGCAGGACUAAAGCAACUCAAAAUAAUAAGUAUCGCUCAACAUUUUAUCUUAUAUUUGACUUUUGUGAGCACGACCUUGCCGGUUUACUUUCAAAUGUGAAUGUAAAGUUUAGCUUAGGAGAAAUAAAAAAGGUUAUGCAACAAUUAUUAAACGGAUUGUAUUAUAUACAUAGCAAUAAGAUUUUACACAGAGAUAUGAAAGCAGCAAAUGUUUUGAUAACAAAAAAUGGUAUACUGAAAUUGGCCGAUUUUGGACUUGCCAGAGCAUUUAGUAUAAACAAAGGCGGCCAAGCAAACCGUUACACCAANUUUUUAUUAAAAUACAAGUAA